GACUGAGCCAGUUGCCUAGAGCACUAAGGGCAUGGUUCAGCCUCAAGAUCUUCCGAAGUCCUAGCAACUAGCGCGCACUUUGCGGAGGCGGAGCAACGCUGCGAUAGGCUGGUGCGCCGCCUUAAAGCGCGCUGCCGGGUCUUUCGCUCUUUCAGUCUGGCGGGCUCUCCAAUCCGUGAGGAGGCUGGCAGCACCUGAGGGGCGGCAGCUGGGAAGGAUUUCUGCUUGGAAAUUGAAUGGCUACUCAGAAAAUGAAGAUUCGUAUUGAUCAGAAAACUAACUAUGCUGAGUUGGUUUUAGAUGUGGGAAGAGUCACUCUUGGGGAGGAGAAUAGGAAAAAAAUGAAAGAUUGUCAACUGCGAAAAAAGCAGAAUGAAAAUAUCUUACAAGCUAUGAUUGCUUUGCUGAAUUCUGGAGGGGGAGUGAUCAAGGCUGAAAUUGAAAAUGAAAACUAUAGUUACCCAAAAGAUGGAAUAGGAUUAGAUUUGGAAAGUUCUAUUGGAAAUAUUCUUCCAUCUGUUCGUAAAUACCUAGACUUUAUGCAGCAAGGUAAAUAUUUUCUAAUUUUUGUCAAAUCGUGGAGCUCAGAAACCUCUGGUUUACGGAUUGUCACCUUGAGGUCCAAUUUGUACAAAAGGGAUGUAACAUGUACGAAUAUCAUGGAUGCCACUGCUACACUGGAGUUCCUCGCAGACAAGAACAAAAGUAAGGGGAGAUCGUAUAGACUUAAGUUACCUCCAAAGCAGGAUGUACAAGAAGAGAGUAACGUGGAGGCCUUGGCUGAUGACUUUUUUAACAGGACACAACUUAGGUACAGAGAAAAACUCCGCUUUACUGAAUCCACACAUGUCGAAAUGAAAGCCUUCUCAACAGAAAAGUUGUUGCAACGCAUUAAAGAGAGUCUCCCUCAAUAUGUUUCUGCAUUUUCAAAUACUGAUGGGGGAUAUUUGUUUAUUGGUUUAAAUGGGGAUGAAGUAAUUGGCUUUAAAAGAAAAGGGAAUGAUCUGAACAAGUUAGAUUCAGAAAUAGAAAAAUCCAUUAAAAAGUUGCCUGUCUAUCACUUCUGUAAGGAGAAGAAGGAGAUAAACUACUCAUGCAAAUUCCUCGAAGUAUAUGAUGAAGGACAUCUUUGUGGAUAUGUCUGUGCCCUCAAAAUAGAGCCAUUCUGCUGUGUAGUGUUUGCUAAAAAACCGGAAUCCUGGCAUGUGGAAGACAAGCAUGUGCAACAGUUUACCACGGACGAGUGGAUUUCCAACAUGCUGCCUGCUAACCCAGGUGAGCAAAGAUUAGGAAGGAGGCUCCACUGGGCUAGGAUGACAGAUUUUUCUGGGUCAGAAAAGACGAUCUUCCAACAAUGGAUAUCAUCUCCUGUUCCCUAUAGUAGAUCUGUUUCGAAUUUGGAAAAUGAACAGCUGAGACAUCACUUUCCAGUGCCACAAGGGAAGAGAUAUGUUCCAGAAGCCCUCUGCGAGGAACUGUUCUCACAACACAAAGGACUCGCACAGUUAAUAUAUAAAGAAAUGGGCCCUGUUGGUCCAGGUACCUUGAUCUUUUCUAGAAGCUGGUCUUUGCUUCUGGGCUUGCAAGAGAACCAGAAUGUAAUCUGUGAUGCUCUUCUAAUUGCUCAGGGCCAUCCACUAGUCCUAUAUACAUUCUUCAGGGUACUGAAUAAGGAGUUAACAGGCUACUCUUUGCAAGCUGCAUUCACUUUAAAGCAUGAACUGGUAAAAAUGGGUGGUUACACUGGGAAAGUGUGUGUCGUGCCAAAGACCUUCUACUUGAAUGAAGACCCUUCCACAUUGACUGAAGACAAUACCAGCUCUUUUCAUGAUAUAAGUGCCCAGAUAUUUUAUCCUGAAUCCUACAAUCUUGAAACCACCCAAACAAUAGGAUACUUGAAUGAGGUGCUUUAUAAGGCCUGAUGACAUUUUUUGAGUGGCCAGUUUACUUCUGAGAUUUGUCAGCACCUCUUAGGUGACCAGCAUGAAACAUUUUCAGAGGAAUGACACAAGGAUGUUUAAAUCUUGUCCAAGCCUCACCUGAAUCAUGGCAACUAGACCAGGCUACAAAGAUGUUUCUCAUUGUAUAAUCAAUGAUAUCUUUAAUUCUGUACAAAUAUGCCUUUGAAAAACUUUGCAAGGUAAGAAACUUGUUGAGAUGUUAGAAAAUCAAGUUACUGCUUCCUAAAUGAUCUUCAUAGAUGUUACUUAAGGGUUAUUUAGGAAUAUGAAUUAGUUAAUCUGUGCACAAUGUGUUAUUUACUCUGUGCAUACUUCAUGGAUAGAUGUUCUUCCAUUUUUAAAUUGGGAAAAUGGCAAUACUUCUAUUUUUAACAAGAACAACGGAAAUUUCCCAGGAUGUAGCCAGAAAACCUUUAUUACUUAGAAAAGAUUGGGAUACCCGGCUGGCUCAGUUGGUAGAGCAUGCAACACUUGAUCUCAGGGUCAUGAGUUUAAGCCCACAUUGGGCCUAGAGCUUACUUUAAAAAAUUAAAAGGAAAGGAAAGGAAAGGAAAAGGAAAGAUCGUCAUUGAUGAUGCUCGUAAUUUCCAAAAUGAAAAUAAAGAGGGCAAAAUUUAUUAUCCCUUCCCUCAAAAUCUCUUGAUCUUCAUCAACUAAUUUUUACGCUUUACAAUUGGAGGAAUUCCAGCUUUUCUGACUGUUCAGCUAGCAUCCUAAGAACUCACCAGAAUGGUCACUUUAUUUUUCUAUAAGCAUUUAUUAAUAAGAAGGUGAAUUUUUAAAAAUCCAGAAAAUUCUCUUUAACAUUGUUUUGGAGGAAAGCAGCCAGAGCAUUAGUAGAAACCCUUUCAGACAAUGACUGUUUUCAUCAAGAAGGGGUAGGAACAUGAGAGUUUGACAUUUUCCAGUCAUCUAAGAUAAGCUGGGAGACUAAGAUCAAGCUCAACAGAGCUGGGUGCAACUUUGGGUGUUGUGAAUCCAUGUCUAAGAUACUCAGGAUGAAUUUAGCAGGAUCUUGAAACAGAGAACAGAACCCAGGUUCACCAGCAAGUCUUCAGGCUUCUCUGUCACUGUGUUCAAUGCCAGAAGUAAAGCAAUGCAUACAGAAUUCUGGGGAAAAUUAAGUUUUACACAGGCAUAUCUUAUGAAACUGAGAUGUCAUUUGACUAUAAAGUAAGUAGACAAACACUUCUUUUUAAAGAUUUUAUUUAUUUAUUUGAGAGAGAGUGUGGGCAUGAGCGGGGUGGGGGGAAGGAAGAAAAUUAGAGGGAGAGGGAGAAGCAGGCUCCCCACUGAGCAGAGAGCCUGACAUGGGGCUGGAUCCCAGGACCCUGAGAUCAUGACUUGAGCUGAAGGCAGACACUUAACUGACUGAGACACCCAGGUGCCCCAGUAAGCACUUUUAUCAAAGAACCUAGGGAACAUAGUUCUCUAAUACCUUCUUAAAAACUACUUUGUAGUGAAGUCCAGCUGAUAAAUGUAUGAACCAAAAUAGAGAAUGCCAAAAAAAAAAAAAAAAGUAAGCACACAUUUACUCACUGAGUCUCUUAAGUGCCAGACGCCAGCUGUGUUUCCCCAGCCUUGCCCGGCACAACAGGCCAACUGCCAGGGUGUAGACCUUGCACAGGAGCACUUACACAAGCUGCUAGUAUUCAGUGAUGUGGGGAUAGAUAAGACCAGCAUCGUCAAGCACUACGUGCACUGAAAUUCCUCGCACUACCAAGCCACCGUUGGCAUGGACUUGGAACUCAGCGUUCUCCACUGGAACCUGCAGACCUUGGUACACCUGGCACAUUGGAAAAAUGUGUAUCUAUUACCUGGAAAAAGUGGAAAGAUGACAAGGAUCUAUUACCUGAAAUCUAUGAAUUGCUUGUCUUCGAUAUCAGUAGGCAACCAUAUCUCAAACAGAGGCGAAUUGGAAAAAAACAGUUUGGAUUCUGCAUGGAGCACUGGGUGUUGUAUGCAAAUAAUGAAUCAUGGGACAUUGCAUCAAAAACUGGGGAUGUACUGUAUGGUGACUAAUAUAACAAAAAAAAUUAUAAAAAAAACCAGUUUGGAUUCAAAGUUAACCAAUGGCAAAAAAAAAAAAAAAAAGUUAACCAAUGGCAAGCCAGUUUCAGUGCUUCUGCUGGCCAAAAAAUGUGACCAUGGGAAGAAUGUGCUGAUGAACAAUGGACAAGUUCAUGGUACAUGAUAUUAUAGGAUGAUUUGAAACAUCCGCAAGGAAACUGUAAACACUGCUAAAGCCUCCAGAUAUCUGGAGAAACCUAUUAAAAUAUACUCAGGAUUUUAAUUUAUUUUAAUUUAUGGAGGUAACAAGGAAAUGCCUUGUCUAAAAAGCAUAAGGGGAGGGCUGUUAAUGUAUGGGAAUAUUUAAUGUCUUGUUUUUACUGAUAGUAGCACAAGUAAUGUUUACUUUAUAUAAAAUGUAUUGAGCCAUACACUUGUGAUAUGCAUGUUUAAAUAUGUAUGUUUCACCUAAUAAAAAAUUGAAAUGGAAAA